AUGGGAGCGGGAGACGGAGGCGAUGGGAGCGGGAGACGAUGGGGAACGGGUGACGGAGGCGAUGGGAGCGGGAGACGUUGGGGAACGGGUGACGGAGGCGAUGGGGAGCGGGAGACGGAGGUGAUGGGAGACGGAGGCGAUGGGAGCGGGAGACAGAGGCGAUGGGAGUGGGAGACGGAGACGGAGGCGAUGGGAGCAGGAGACGGAGACGGAGGCGAUGGGAGACGGAGGGGAUGGGAGACGGAGGUGAUGGGAGUGGGAGACGGAGGUUCUCCGUACUAUGACAACGUGAGGCCUCUCUCGUACCCGGACUCCGACGCUGUCCUCAUCUGCUUCGACAUCAGCAGACCAGAGACCCUGGACAGUGUGCUCAAGAAGUGGAAAGGGGAGAUCCAGGAGUUCUGCCCCAACACCAAGAUGCUGCUCGUCGGCUGCAAGUCAGACCUGCGGACGGACCUCACCACGCUCGUGGAGUUGUCCAAUCACAGGCAAACACCAGUGUCAUAUGAUCAGGGUUCCAACAUGGCGAAGCAGAUCUCGGCGCCCUACAUCGAGUGUUCCGCUCAGCAGUCGGAGAACAGCGUUCGGGACAUUUUCCACGUGGCCACCUUGGCCUGCGUCAACAAGAACAACAAGAACGUCAAGCGGAACAAAUCCGGCCGCGCCAACAAGCGGAUUUCCCACAUGCCGAGCCGUCCGGAACUCUCGGCCGUGACCUCCGACCUCCGCAAGGACAAAGCCAAGAGCUGUACGGUCAUGUGAGCGGCACGCCACGGCUCGCCUCGCCUUGGCUCGCCGCAACAGAGGGAAAGGGCUUUGAAUAAACGCUGGAGGAGUGCGGAGGUGGAGAGGGGGG